AGGGGGAGGGGGGGUUUAAAGACAAAGCAAAAGAGUAGCUGUGAAGUGAGUUCACUGUACGGUUAGCUUGUUUCUUUUCUUUGAGAUCAAGACUCGAAAAGGCCAUUUUAAUGAGUUAAUCUUUACCGGAAAUGGAACGGCAGGCCACCAAACAAUCGCUUCUCCUUUUCUUUUUCCUUUUUCUUCACUCUCUCCUCUACGAUUGCGCUCUCUCCGAAAUCUUCUUUGAAGAACGCUUCGAAGAUGGGUGGAAGAGCAGAUGGGUAUUAUCAGAUUGGAAAAGGAGUGAGGGAAAAGCCGGCACCUUCAAGCACACUGCCGGCAAGUGGUCUGGCGAUCCUGAUGAUAAAGGCAUUCAGACAUAUAAUGAUGCCAAACACUAUGCUAUCUCUGCUAAGAUACCAGAGUUCGGCAAUAAGAACAGAACUCUAGUGGUUCAGUAUUCUAUUAAGUUUGAACAAGACAUUGAAUGUGGUGGUGGUUACAUUAAGCUUCUCUCUGGUUAUGUAAACCAGAAGAAAUUUGGCGGCGACACGCCUUACAGUUUGAUGUUUGGACCAGAUAUUUGUGGCUCACAGACCAAAAAGCUCCAUCUUAUACUAUCUUACCAGGGGCAGAAUUAUCCUAUUAAAAAGGAUUUACAAUGUGAAACAGACAAGCUAACUCACUUUUACACAUUUAUUCUAAGGCCUGAUGCCUCAUAUAGCAUCCUAGUUGAUAAUAGAGAGAGAGAAUCUGGAAGCAUGUAUACUGAUUGGGAAAUCCUUCCACCACAGAAAAUCAAGGAUGUUAAAGCCAAAAGGCCUGCAGACUGGGAUGAUAGAGAAUACAUUGACGAUCCUAAUGAUGUCAAACCAGAGGGAUAUGAUUCAAUUCCUACAGAGAUUCCAGAUAGAAAGGCAAAAGAGGUUUGCACCCAUUAUUUAAUGCCCAAAAGUCUUAUUUUCAAAUCCCAAAAGCAGUUUGAAGACAGAUAUAAUUUGGACCCUUUUCAUAUUCUUUCUUUUGCUGAAAAGGAGGCCUUUGAAGAAGCAGAGAAAGAAAGAAAAGCUCGGGAAGAGGAGGAAGCUCAAAGAGCAAAGGAUGAGGGUGAAAAGAGGAGAAGAAAGAGGGACCAUCGAUAUGGAGACAGGAGGCACCGAAGAAGGCACGAUCACCAUGAUUAUUUGGAUGAUUACCAUGAUGAACUAUGAGGCGUCUGCUGCUAUUUCACAAAUUUUAUGAUUCACUUGAAUGAAAAAAAAAGUAAAGCAAUGCUGCCACCUUGAGAGAAGCAGCAUUGGUUUCUCUGUCUGAAGCAUGUCCGGUCCGGUUGUUGUAUAAUUGUUGUUGUAACAUUGUUGUUGCACUAAUAUGAAAUCCCAAAGCUGAAAAAAUCUGGAGCUGGAAUGGAUGAUGCAGUCUUACGCUUUGCAUCAGUAUUCAACUAAUAAAUACUGAUUUGUAAGCUCUCUGUUACUCUGGCUUUUGCACUAUUAAACUGCCCUGUUCCGUUGUCAAUCCUAAUGCACUUCUAUCA